AUGGGUGGAUCCAUGCGCUUGCGCAAGGAUCGGGCCCUGAAGAAGGAUGCGCUCGAGGCCGGCUUCGAAGGCUCAUCGGCCCAACGGAUGUCCCGCGUCUUCCCGAAACCAUCUACCGGAAGCGGCACCUCGGAAUUCGACCCGAGGGACUUCUUGGAGACGUCCGGAAUUUCGAGUUCGAUGAUCGAAUACAGCACACCGCCGGCCGGCCGAGGCGCCAUACACCGUGACUACUCGAUGACUGUCGCAGAGCGUAGACCGAAGUUCCGCCAGUCUCUCUCCGGCCACGACCUGCAAGCCAUGGGUCCUACUCACCAAUAUUCGACUACUUACUCGAAGCCACGCACCAUAGAAGAGCUGCGUGGCUCCUACAAGAGCCAGCCCGAGAUGCAGCUCGACUUUGGAACACCGACGAAGGAGGGAAACAUCACACCGACACAGUUCAGCCAGCGCCGCAGUGUCGCCAACAUCAACAACCACAGGCAGAUCACCACACUGGAGGCACAUGGAUCAAAGACUCUUGCGACGCCAACGCGCCCGCACGACCAUCGCCACUUGCAGCGGGAGACUAUUUUCAAG